UACUUUUAGCCAGGGCUUGAUAUUCAAUAAGAAUGUUAUGCAUUGCUUCCUGUGUACAGGCCAAGUACUGGAACUCAAGUGUGAAUGAGGUGGAAGGCACCAUCACAGACCACAAGGGGAAGGUCAUCCACAGACUGUUUGGGAAGUGGAACGAGGGGGUGUACUGUGGAGACCCACCCUCCGCCACCUGCAUCUGGAGAGCAAAUGCCAUGCCGGCUGACCACGAGCAGUACUACGGCUUCACUAAGUUUGCUAUGGAGCUCAAUGAACUGGACCCUUCACUGAAACUACUGCUGCCUCCCACAGACACCCGGCUACGGCUCGACCAGAGGCUGCUAGAGGAGGGCAACGUAGAGUCAGCAGAGGAACAGAAACAGAAGCCAGAAACACGAUCCACCACCAUCUCUCAGAUGUUUUCCAAAGCCACAAAAGCCUUCGUGAAGGACACAGAUCAUGAUGGACGCCUGAUCCCUGUGUCCAGUCUGAACGACACAGACAAACUGAAUCUCCGAUCACUCAUUGUCAAGACCAGGCACAGAUGCUUCUGGCAUGAACCCAAAUACCAGUCCCCUGGCUUUACGCUCAGUGAUGUCCUGAAGCCAAGAGAGCCUGGAGACUCACCUUUAAGCCCAACUGUCAAGGAGAGUGACUUUGUGGACUACAGUGGGACAUUUGGUGACAAGAAAGAAAUGAACGCAAACGGAAACGUGCAGGCAAAGGUGGCUGAUUUCAAACUUACCGUGGGAGGGAAAUGGUCCACCAAACAGAAGCUGUCCCUUGGCAGCCUGAACAAAGAGAAGGUUGAUGUGAAGGAGUUAUAUAACUACUCAAAAGACAGAGUUCUGGACAUGUCACAUCCUGUGAUCAAGCAGACCCGUGUGAAUCCCAGGGCAGUGUUAGGCAUCUUGACAGAGAGGAUUAUGACAUCACAACCUUGCCCCGUCACAACCAAAGUCCGGAAGCGCGGCAAUGUAGGAGCCAACGUGAGCACCUGUGUGGCCCUGAGCGGGAAGGCCUCUAUGAAGCAGAGUGGCAGUACUCAGACAGAUAGUGAUGUGUCACUGGUUAUUCCUGCAAAUACUGUCAUGGCCUACAGUCUGAUUGAACUCUUUGUCAAAUGCAAAGGACAGUUUGAGCUGUGCCUCAUCUGCAACAAUGGGGGCUUUGAAAUGGAUAAGUCAAAGGAUGGGUUUGAAGUAGAUGGAAUUAUGGACCUGGUAUGUGACUUUGAUGCCAACAGCCCCCUAAAUCUGAAGAAAGAACUGGAGAAACUGAGUAGUCAUUUCCAGCUGCUGUCAGUCCUGCCAGCAGCCACACGUUCCUCUCUGCUCCAGCUCCUCAAGACAACCAUGGAGGAUGGAGAGGCAGUCAGUGUGCUGGAGAGUGUGCUAGAUCAGACGUGUGAUGGUGAGACUCCUGACCUGGGUGAUCUGGAAGAGUCUGAGAGGGAGACAGUCCAGGCCAUACUGGAUCUUGUAGACCAAUGUGUUGGGGAGGAUGAGAUCAGAUCCUCACUUCUCACUGCCAUCCACCUCAUUGUCAGUGCCAUGGACGGAAUGACAGAUGAGGGUCUCUCUGUGUUGGGAUCCUGUUGCAGUCCUCCAAUCUUACAGGCCCUGCAGAUCCUGGUGCAGCAUGUGGCAGCAGGGAGUGGGGAGACCCUCUCUCUGAGAGAUGCAGGUCUGGCUGUUCUGACUGAGGAGGAGGUGUUUGGGAGGACAGAGAGUCUCUUUGCCCUCUCCAAUGUGGAACUUGCAAGAUUGAACACGGACACAGAGUUCACAAUGACUUCAAUUAUCUCUCCUGGACAACUUCCUCUUGUCAUGAGUAUCGCUGUGAACGGCUUGGCCUCUUUAGGAUAGAUUUAGCUGAAUAAAACUAUUCCUUGUGCUGCAUAGUGGAUAUAGGAACUGCACCGCCAGGGGUGAAUUUCAGAAAUGUCACAUUUUAUAACAUAUUGUUGACGAUUGCAAAGAGACUUGGA